UGUUGUAUGCAAUAUUUCUCCAUUUGUAGCUAGGAUCUUAUGGAGAAAUCGAACACACAAAUGGACACAUCAGCUGCCAGCUGGUUAUCUGAAUUGCAGGAAAUUGAUGAAGACUACAAUUUCUUCCCGGACGUUGAUUUUGAUCUAGUCGAUGAGGAAGAUUUUCUUUCACAUGAGUUAAUAGCAAGUGAGGAUCUUCAAGGGAAGUCUGCACUACAGGACCAAUCUUUAUUUGUGGAAUGCAAAUCCAAAGAGCUAAGCAAUUCUUGCACCGAUGAAAUUACCAGUUUUGAAGAGAUGCUAGGAAGCAUCAACGAUGAAACCUUUUCACCGAAACUUUCUUCAUCAUCUUCAAUUUUAUCCUUAAGGUCUCAGAUUCUGUCCUUUGAUAACUCAGACUCGUUAUCAUCGUCUCCACCCAAUAAUACGACAGAAUUUUAUGAGUUGAAAAACACCUUAAACCAAAGACAAGACUCAGUUGAAACUCCAAAUAAUAAUAAUAAAAAGAGUGAUUCCUUGAAUACACAAAAUGUGGAAGCAAAGAGUACCUCAACACUUGGUAAGAGGUCACCAUCUCAUGCUCACGAUCAUAUCAUAGCUGAGAGAAAGAGAAGAGAGAAGAUCAGUCAGAGUUUCAUUGCUCUUGCAGCCCUUGUUCCUGGCCUCAAGAAGAUGGACAAGGCUUCUGUGUUGGGGGACUCUAUCAGGUAUGUGAAAGAGCUGAAAGAGCGUUUGGCAGUGCUCGAAGAAGAAUCCAAGAAAACAAAGGCGAAAAAAGCAGAACAACUCCAUGGUCAUGGUGCUGCUGUGUUCUCCUCAUUAUGCGAAGAAGAGACCAUUGAUGGUAGUCUUCCACAGGUUGAAGCAAGAGAGUGGGGGCAACAAGUGUUGCUUCGAAUCCACUGCUGGAAGGAAGAGGGCAUUUUGGUCAGAAUAUUGUCUGAGAUUCAAAGCCUUCAAUUGAUGCUUCUUAAUAGCAGUGUCUUAUCAUUUGGAGAUUCCAUUCUUGACAUAACCAUCAUUGUUCAGGCGGGCGAAGGUUACAACUUGACCCUUAAAGAACUUGUCAAGAACCUACGCACGGCUACUUUGAAACUCAUGUCAUAGUCACAAUGCGAGUGACAUGUGCCCUACCUUGCAAGAAAAACUCACUGAUGAAAUGGGUUCUUUAGUUAAAUAAUUCUUCUAAGUGUGUAAUUAGACUAGACAUUGGUUUUGAAACCAACAUAUGAUUUUGUAAAUAUGGUUUUCCUUGAGUGUUUUUGGGAUAAUAUAUGAUUUAAUUAUUUGAAAACUUAUAACAUAAAAGCAAAUUCGACAAAAUAAAUAUGUUACU